AACGUGGGGUAAAUCAGAGUACACUGUCACUACUGCAGAAAAAUGUUAUCCCUGGGUGUAUUCCUCGCGAUCGGCCUGGUUGCCACUGGCAAUGCCUUUUUAUUUGGAGAUCCAGAAUGGAACAAUCUCAGAGUGACAUGGUCUCCGAAUCCAUUCGGUACCUAUGGGUUUAAUGCAAUGCCAAGAACGGUUGAUGAGGCAAAGGCUCAAGGAUUCGUAAUGGAAUCAGAUUGUGGAGGAGCUGCGGGAAUACAAGGAAAGCGAUUCGUGAAGGGAAGGGACUACGCCCUAGUCCUUCUUUAUGAUACGAAUGGAUACAUUGCUGGAAUUCAAAUAGGAGUACCUAAGAACGACAGCGCUGGCUUCCCUCCUGUUAAACAGAUCAACCAUCCAUUUAUCCGUGUGGCUAACAUGUACUUCGUUACAGCUUACUUCACUGACCCAGCCACAAUCUGUAGUACCGGAAGGACAGGAGCCAAGUUCGCCGCGGACGGUACUGGGGACUCGCUCUAUAUCCAGAACGGAACUAACGCUGUAACCGACUCCAUCAAAAUCCCCAUGACUCAGGCGGACGUUGCCGGGACCAGGUGGACCAAGGGACACUGCUUUGUCACCAUGGGAUUGCAUUACUGGUAUGACGUAUCAACCGACAUGUCAUGUGACGAUUUCUUCCCUGUCUUCCUGUUGUACAAUCAUGGCAAGCUGAAUGCGUUCGGAUGGGCUAUUGGUACUGCUAUGUCGUCACCUCAUUUAGAACAUCCUACCAGCAGUGUUAUUCAGAGCUUCAUCGAUCCCGUGCCUACGUGUUUGGUACAGAAACCACAUCUGUCCACCAUGCACAUCUACAUGACAAACGUCCCACUGGCAGAUACCUGUUAAUCGACUCUGUCACAGGUAUUCUAACACACGUGAACACAGGAUGACUUGCCACGUGAAAUCAUGAGGCACAUACCAUCUGUCACGCAUGAGCAUCACCAGUAUCUCGCGUUCAAUAUGACGUCACUUUAACAUCUUAGUAUUCUCUUCAUACGACGCGUUAUUCUGAUUAAAAGGGUGAAAGAAUGUGGAGUUGUUGAAUGUUUAUGUAAAUGUAGCGUCAAUAAAAUUGUAAAACAA